ACCUGAGCCGAUGAAACGGAACAAACAAUGGCCUCAUCGUCUCUUUUCGUCGUCAAGCUCUCUCCCCUCGCGCUACCGCCACUUCGCUGCUCUAAUGCCGUCCGUUUCUCCCCCUCUCCACUUGCAGUCUCUCUCAAGAACAAGCUCACCUCCUCCGCAACCCUAUACGGGUCUCCUCUGCUGCUCCGGAGAACUCACUCUCCGAUCCCCUCUUCUUCUUCUUCUUCUUCCCUCUGUCGGAGAUCUUCGAGUCUCGUGGUCUUUGCUGCCAAAGGAUACAAGAUGAAGACCCACAAGGCCUCCGCGAAGCGGUUCCGGGUAACGGGGCGGGGGAAGAUUGUGAGGAGGCGGGCGGGGAAGCAGCACUUGCUGGCGAAGAAGAACACCAAGAGGAAGCUCCGGCUGUCCAAGAUGCAUCCAGUAAACAAGAGUGACUACGACAAUGUCAUUGGUGCACUACCGUACCUCAAAGUGAAUCGAAACGCAACCUGAGAGGCUCUAUUCAUGUGACAGCGAGUUUGAGAAGAUUUACAUUGCAUGCCCUAAAUCCUUCAUGUCGUUCCCCUGAUCAAGAUAAUGGUGACCUUAGAUGAUGAUUUGCUCAAAACAGCUUAUUCAGUCGUGUACAAGUGUAGAAAAAAAAUAAUUUGUUGGUGAUGAGUUUUCAUCAAAAGAUUGGGAUAAAAUAGUUUGUGGCAAUUGAGAUGUAUGAUCUUGUGUAGCAAUGGACAAAAGCUUUUUGUGCA